AUGUCAAGACGGUCCCGCCACCCAUCAGCAUUGUAUGCCCCACAGGAAGAGGACUCGAAAUGGUCUUCUUAUACUCCCCGCGACCCGACUACCACUGCUCAGCGGGCGCAAACGUCACAGCCCUCCCGGAGCAGCCUCCCCAGACCUGCCUCUAGCAGUAUUCCCCGACCGGCUGCGACAAUAUCUCGACCCGAUCCGAAGCGGCGUGAUAAAGACGAUGGUUCAUAUCCCGACUCGAGCCCGUGGCCUUGGCUUGACCCCGAUGAGGAUGACAACUUUCGACAGGUUGGAAAGAAGAGUAAACAGAAAAAGAAGGUCGGAGGAGGAGGUGGUGGUGGCGGUGCACAGCAGCCUAAGCAGACAAAUAACGAUGGUGGCGAAGGUUCGCAAAAGGAAGGCGCCGAUGGUGGCGACGACGGCAAAUCCAACGGCGGCGAUGCCAGCAACGGUGCUGGAGGAGGUCCAGGCAAGUCCGGCAAUGACGGAGACAAAGGCGACGGAGACAAAAAGGACGACAAGUCCAAGAAAGAAACCGCCGACGAUGAGGACAAGAAGAAGGACGACGAAGAGAAGAAGACAGAAAAUGCAAAUAAAUCGCCGCUCGACGAUGACUGGAAUCAAGCAACCAGCAAGAUAAGGCAAAAAGCAAAGCGAGGCGAUGUUAUUGGUUCUGUCACCGAAGAUAAGCCUACCCCGCGGUCAUUGGAUGACAAGGCGAAGAAGAGUCAUGGCAACUCGGACAAAUCCAAUGGCCUCGAUGAGGUCAAACUCGACAUUGCAACCUCAAUAAACGCCAAUCGCGUCUCUACAGACAACGCGUCCAUCGACAACCGGUCUUCAGGAAACAGCAGGACUGAAGAGAACAAAUCUUCCGGAGAGCGGACAUCUUCAGAUAGCAAACCUGCUGGAUUUCCCUGGAGCGCACUUUGGGGCGGCGGUCUCAAAUGGGGAGCAAGCGCCCACAAGGAACAGCCAAAGCCGCAGGUGAAGCAUGAAGACGAGCUCGAAAGCAACCCGUGGACAAAGUCCAAGAACACCAAAACCUUCCCAGGCUCUUUUGAUGACGCUGAAGAGACAAGAAACGAACCUGCUGUAGCUGAGCCAAAGUCGGAGAAAAAAUCGGAUGAAAGAGGUCAAGGCCGGGAUGAGAAAGCGCUUCGUCAGAAAGACUCUAAGGACGACAAGGACAAGCUCAACGGUAUGAACGGGAAAUACUCAGCAAACGAGAAGAAAAAAGACAACGACGAUGAGAAGUACCGAGUCGACAGCAUGUAUGCCAAGGGGGUAAAGAAGGAUGAGCGCAAUGAUGAUCACGAUGACGGCUUCGUUGUUUCCACGAAGAAGACCAAAAACUCAAAGAACAACACUAGCGCAUGGGAUGUGGAACCAGAUGCAGGUCAAGAGCCAGUGGUGGAACCGAAAACAGAGCCAACGCCGGAGCUAACAAAAACCAAUGAGCUCGAGCCCGAGGAUGACUUCUUUGAAAGCUUUCCUGCUGUGAAGGCCAAGAAGAAUGAGAAAACCUCGACCCGGCCGGGACAAUCCUCAAGGCUCGGACCAUUCGGCACAUCCACGCUCAAGAAAGCGAAUCCAGAUCCCUGGGAAGUCUUCGGUGCCAAGAAGAACAAGGCGAAGGUCGGCGCCUCCGAAGAGCCUAUGGUUAGGACACGGAAGGCCGAUCCGGAACUGUUACCGGCAAAACGAUCAUCUCCCAUUCCCGCACCCGAACCUGAGAUUGAGCCAGAAGAGGAUGAAAAGCUGGAGCCAAUUUCGGCCUACAGGCCGCCAACGAAAAAGCCUUGGUGGGAAGAGCCUCCAGCUCCACCGAGCCCCGUGAAAAACAAAAAGAAGAAAGGUAAGUACGAUAUUGCUGACGAGCCUUCCAGGGAGCCAGAUCCGGAACCGGAGCCUAUAGAAGAGUCCAAAUUUGAAGCCGACAAGCCAGUGGAGGAAGACGAUUUCUGGAACAACCACCAACCAACGGCCAGGAAGGACAGGAAGAAGAGCAAGAGAGCUGGACUUUCAGAAGAACCGGUACCGCCGCCACCACCGCCGCCGCCUCCUCAUCCGGUAGAACCAGCCGAGACUUUUCCGUGGGAUGAUGUUCCAAUCAAGAAGACCAAAAAGGGAAGAAGGGGACAGACAGAGCCUGAACCACCACCGCCACCUCCAGUCGAAUUUGAACCGGUAGUUGAACCGGAACCGGAGCCCGAGCCAGUUUCUGGUCCGCCCCCAUUCCCCGAAUCAGAUGAGGAGGAUGAGGACCCCGGCGGCUGGCUUUCCUCUUUUCUUCACAAGCCGGAUAAGAAGAAGAGUAGGCAAACAUCUCCCAUGCCUCCACCUCCUGAAGAGCCAGAACCGGAGCCUGAGCCGGCCCAACGAGAACUAGAACCAGAGCCGGAACCGGAGAAGGAAGAAGACGACCCUUGGGACUAUCCCAUCUCGAAGAAGGACAAGAGAAAGAAGAAGGGAAAGACCAAGGAGCCCGAACCAUCACCGCCACCACCACCACCACCACCACCACCACCGCCGCCGCCUCCUGAGCCUCCAAAGAGAUCGAAAUCAUCAAAGUAUGACAAGGAGGAUGAACACGACUUCUGGAGUGCUUCAACAUCGAAGAAGAGCAAGAGGGACAAGAAGGGGUAUACCGAACGAGGGCCAUCUCCUGAGCCAGUGGAGGAGGUCAUCUCCGAGCUAGAGGACCCAGAGCCAGAGUUUGAUGUUGAACCUGAGCCGGAAGCACGACCUGAACCUGCUGCUGUGUCGGAUCGCGAAGACAAACUAUCAGAGGAUGGAUGGGACUACUCCAAGAGAGACAAGGACAAGAAGAAGAAGAAAGGUACUGAACCAGAAGUCAAGUCAAAAAAGGAGUCCAGAUCAAGUCGAAGACCUGAGCCAGAACCCGAGCCCGAAUCAAAGCGAAAGAAGGCGAGAGACAGCAUUUGGAGCUUGCCCACUGACCCAAAGAAGGAUAAAAAGAAGAGAAGAGGCGAUUUAGAUGAAGACAGCAAGCCGCUGCCUUCACCUGCGCCAGACCCGCCUGAUGUCUGGGAUGACGACUAUCAGGACAAGAAGAAGAAAAGCGCCAUCUCGGAUGAAUGGGCAAAUUACUCGAGCAAGGAUAGGAAGAAGGGCAAAAACGCCAUGGAUGUCCUGAAGGGGCUAAACAAAUCGGGCGAUCCACUAGCUGACUCAGCUCGGCAAUCACCGCCAAGCCCUCCUCACCGUACCGGUGGCUUCUUCGGAUCUUGGGAAACCGACAGUGAUCGUGGCGACAACCAUAAACACAGAAAGCAGUCCAAGGACAGUUCACAUCAGCCAUACAGCAUCGAGGAGCCUACUUUAGACGACGUUUGGGGCGCUACCAUGCCUGGCAAGCGCAAGAAGAAGGCUAAUGGCGGCACCAACAACGCACCGGUGGAGAUUGUGGAGGACCUUACCCCGGAUCCCGUCCAGCCGGACUCUGUGGAGGAAACCAGGGACGACAGCCACAACAACGAAGACAGCAAACCGGAAAGCAAUAGCUAUGGCAGCAGUUUUUGGGGAUGGGGAGGCUUCGCCAAGAGCAGCAGCAAAUCAUCCAACAAGGAGUCAUCGCUUCAUGACGAGCCAGCACCACCUCCGCCGCCACCGCCAGCGCCAACUCCUCCAUUAGACGAACCAGAGCUCGACAUCUGGGCCGAUGACGAUGACGAACCCCAGCCUGUUGCAAAAUCUGACAAGGAUGACAAGAAAAAGUCCAAGGACAAGAAGUCUAAGGAGAAGGAGCCCAAACUUAGCGAGAAGGAGCUGAAGAAGCUAGAGAAGGAAAAGAAGAAGGCCGAGAAAGAAGAAGCAAGGCGCAGACUCAAGGAAGCCAAGGAGUUGGAGGAAGAACUGAAGCGCAAUGCUAGGGAAGCAAAAGAGUUGGACGAAGCCUUGAGGCGGAAGGCUGAAAGGGAGAGGGAGUUGGAGGAGCAAGCUGAGCGUGAGGCUGAAGAGCAAGCAGCCCGUGAGGAAGAGGAGCGAAGAUUGCAAGAGGAAGAAGAACAGAGGCAACGAGAAGAAGAAGAGCGUCGACUUCAAGAGGAGGAGGAAUGUCAGCAACGGGAGGCUGAAGAGCAAGCUCGGAUCGCUCAAGAAGAGGCUCGCAUUGCUGUCGAGGAGCAAGCUCGCAAGGAGGAGGAAAAGAAGGCCGCAAAAGAGAAGGAAAAGCUCGAUGAGGAAGCAGCAGAGCUUGAAACACUCAGACUCAAGAAGGAGAAGACGCCUCGGAGAUUCAUGAUGAGAGAGCAGCGCCGGCUUGACGUUCUCGCUGCUAAAUUCGAGGAGAUAGCGCGCAAAAAGCAAGAGGAGGAAGAGGAGCGACAGCGUGCAGAAGAAGAAGCUGCCCGUAUCGCCGAAGACGAGGCUCGCAUUGCUGCUGAGGAACAAGCCCGGAAGGACGAAGAAGAGAGGAUUGCCAGAGAAAUUGCCGAACUUGAAGAGGAGGAGGCUGAGUUUCAGGCACUCCGGUUCAAGAAGGCAAACUCACCGAGAAGGUUCACAACAAAGGACCAGCAGAGGCUUCAGCAGAUCAUCAAGCAACGCAGAGAGAGGAAGCGCCUGAAGCAAGAGGAAGAGGAUCGCAAGCAGAGAGAAGAGGAAGAGGAGAGACAACGGCAGGCUGAUGAAGAAGCCCGGCUUGCUGCCGAAGAACAGGCGCGGAUAGACGAGGAGGCCAGGCUUGCCGAAGAAGCGAGAAUUGCAGAAGAGGAAGCGAGGAGAGCGGAGGAGGAAGCGAGGAUUGCGAAGGAAGAAGCACAACUGACGAAGGAUGAGGCUGAACUUGCAAUUCUCACCGAGAAAAAAGCAAAAACACCUCGCCGGUUUACACUCAUGGACGGACGGAAGCUCGAUCUACUUACCAAGGGUGUUAACAAGCUACGGGAGAAGAAGGCUGCUCGGGAUGCUGCAAAGAAGGCUGCGGAGGAGGCUGCAGAAGAGGCUUCGCGAGAGGCUGCAGACCAGCCCGGAGACGAAUGGCAAGACGCGGAUGAAGGUCAAGGUCAAGACAACGACGAGGACCCCGAGGCAACUGCUCUGAGGGAAGCAACAGAGAGGGCAAUCCGCCAAGCCGAGGAGGAGGCCGAAGCCAAACAGGCAAGGAAAGCGAGCAGAAGCAAGGGCAAAUCGAAGGCUGAUCCACUCGACGACAUGCAGCUCACUCCCGAGCAGGUGGACGAACUGCUCGGAGACUCGUCGAAACGGGACAAGAGUGUUGACAGCCAACCUAAGGAGGAGGAGAAGCCUGAUAACAACCACAGCAAUGCCGCGCCUGGCGGGUUCAGUCUCUGGGGAGCUGCCAAAAGAGGCAUAUUUGGUUUUGGAGGAGGUAGCGGAUGGGAAGACCACGAUCAGCCUGCUCCGGAACCUGAGCCCUCAGCCCAAGAUGAAGAUGAUAAGGCAGCUGAGUCAGCCAGAAUGGCAGAGGCAGCCAUGGCGGCUGGUGGUGUGAUUGGAGGCGUUCCUCCUGGGCUAUGGGAUGCAACCCCCAAGGCCGUCUCACCGUCGCCUGAACCAACUGCUGAGGAGCCAGUGACCUACCCCGCCAAGCCCACCAAGUCCAAGAAGGCUGCGGGGAGCAAGAGCAAGAGCAAGAUUGCCGACCGCCUGCGCGUCUUCGAGUCACUUGACGCCGGAGCCGACACACCUGCUGAUGCUGAUGGUGGCCCACCACCACCACCAGCCGCACCGUCGACACCACCACCACACUUUGGUCGUCCCCUUCCCCCGCCCGCGCCAUAUAUGGUGCGCUCGCCACCAUCACCUGCCAUCUCACCCGUUGUCGCAGUUGCCGUCUCUCCGCCAGCGCAAAGGGAGGAAAGGCGAAAACCAUCAAGGAAGAGCCGGGACAAGGACAGGGGCUAUACACGCGACGGCGACAAUAACGACUAUUACUUAUCGGUCCCUCCACCACCGUCGCCGCCUGUUGCGCCGUCGGGCGCACCACCUGGGGGCUUCCCCGGCGGAUUUCCAAUCGACGACGAUUACCGACCCAGUCGCGACAUGCAUGGUGAUCACCAUGAUAAUCACAUCGACGACCACGAAAACCAUCGAGAACGUGAGCUUAUCGAUUCUGCAGCCGAACGAGCAGCCGAACGAAGAGCGAAGAGACGAUCCAAACGGAUUUCACCUGAAGCCCCAGGUGUCGAGUUUGACUUGCCGCCUGCGCCGCCCUCACCCCCACCUAUCGCGCCCGAUGCGCCAAUUGACGACGAAAUGGCAGAGUCAAAGUCGCCUCGAAAGGAAAGGCCCAAGAUAAACCGCCAAGGUACAGCAUGGGGUAUGGAUGGGAAGAAGAUCUCAUCGAGGCCCAAGGUCGUUGAACGAGAGCCUGGCGCAAAGCCGAAAAAGACUGCACACAUCGAGGAGCCCGAGAAGCCACUACGGUCCAGAGACAAGGAAGCGCCAGCGGCGACGGCGCCAGCUCCGAUGCAAGCGCGCUUCGCUAGCGUGUUCACCAGUACCCCACCAUUGUCGCGAUCAAUGUCCCAGCGCGAGAAACGCCUCGGUCCCAACGGCAAGCCCAUCGCACGCAGAUAUUCGGAUAGCACGAAUGCGGUCGCCAACCCUCCUGCUCCUCCUCCUGUUCCGCCAGAGGAUAUCUCAUCAAAGGCGGCCAAGGUCUUGGGUGUCGGUGCCCGCGGUCUCGGAGUUGGCCUCGGCCUUGCGAAUGGAAUCCUCUCCAAUGGAUUUGGCCGAGGAGCUCCUGCUGCGCCUGCGCGCAACAAGCAGGACGUGAACGAUGACACGCCCGUGUCAGGUGCUAUCGAUCCUGAUUUCAGCCCGACCAAGUCGGAACGUCGUAGGGCAAAGCAAUACAUGUCCGAAGACGACCACGUCAUGUUCGAGAUGCCCGAUGCUACAGCCCCCGCUCGUCCCCCGGUUCGCCGCGUUAGCACCAGCAACGCCGCCAACAAGAAGUCGGGCUUUAGUCUCUUUGGUGUCUUUGGAUCGAAGCAACAACAGCAAGAAUCGCCGCCGCGCCCCGAACCUCCCCGUCGAAGCCGAACAGUUCCUACAUAUGCCACUACCGAUGACGAAGGUGGCCGACAGCCCGCAGCUGCAUUCGUCCCCGAGACCGACGCCGAUCGCGAAGCCCGCAGAGCCGCCCGUCGCGCACGCCGCGCAGAGAAAGAGGCAGCCGAGAGAGGCGCCGCCGUACAAUCUGCCGAAGAGGCUCGUCGCCAAAAGGAUGAAGCCCGUCGCGAACGUCGCAGACAGCAGGAGCAAGAGGAAGAGGCUCGGAGGCUAGAAGAGAAGGAAGCCCGUCGUGCUGAAAGGCGGGCCCGUAAGGCUAAAGAGGAAGAGGACCGUCGUGCUAGAGAAGAGGAGGAACGCCGAGCUGAAGAUCAAAGAGAGGCUGAGCGCGUCGAGCGGAGGAGGAUACGAACCGAACGAGCUGCUGCCGAGGCCGAAGCCGGACAACGUGACGUCAAUGGUGCUAGACAAGAUGACCGACGCCGGAGCAAUCGGCGCAUGCCUCCCGAGUCCGAUCGUGAACACGACCGCGGCCCCGAAGAAGACGAGGAGCGGCGAAGGAGGAGAGAGGCCCGUCGUGCCGCCAAAGCCGCCCAGCUUGCUGCUGAAGCUGCCGCUGAUGAGAUGGACAGGGCCAGAAGGGAGCGAAGACCCAGGGAGAAGAGUACCACCCGACCCGACCCGAGAGAUGCACCGCCGCCGGACGAAUACGUCUAUCCAGCCUCAAGGCAGCAAUCCAAGGCUCGAAAGCAGGGACAAGGACAACAUGAUGGAUGGCCACACUCGGGAACCACGUCGUGGGUUAAGGACCAUGCCGAUGCUCCUGCUCCUCCAUCGCCUCCCGGACCUCCGGGUGCCUUUGUCGACGACCAUACCAAUGGACAUGCCAAAGGUGGCCCACCACCACCGCCACCUCCCCGUAUGAUGCCUCACGAGCUAGACGAAGAAGAGGCUGCUCGACACGCAAGGCGAGAGAGGAGAGCUCGCAGAGAGCAAAAGUACCACGCUGCUCAAGCGGCCGCUGAAGAAGCCGAGCGCGAGCGAGAGCGGGAUAGAGAGAGGGAAGGUGCGUAUGCUAGUGCGCACGAUGACGAGAGGAGACGAAGAAGGAGGAGGAGAGGUGAUGAAGAACGACCUGAGCGUGCCGAGCGCGAGCGAGAGCGUGACCAUCCUCGCGAGCGAGACCACAGAGAUCGCGACCCUAGAGAGCGUCCCGAGCGUAGUCAACGCGACCGAGACCAACGCGAGUACUACAGCGCCCGCGACGACCGAGAACAGCUUCCCGACCUCGGGAUCGCAAGCGCGGUGGGGAACGGGCGGCGGCGACCGAUUACGAUGAUCGUGAGCCCCGUGAUCCUCGCGAAUACCACGACUCGCGUGCGGAGAGGGGAGAUAGAGGAGACCGCGGCCCCGGGGACCGGACUGGAUCCGGCUCCGGUAGUGAUGGGAGGGAGCAGAACAGGAAGAGCGGCGGUGCUGGGUUUGGGGACCAAACCACGCCGAGGAGUAGCUGGUGGAAGAAGAUUGCUAGGUUUGGCUAGUUGA